GUAACCGGUCUGAAUAAUACCAAGCACACUUUAACGAUUCCGGCAGGCACAGACACGGGUCAUAUCCAGAGAAUUAUUGGUGCAGGCCUUCCACACUAUUCUCCGAAGAUGAAAUACCAAUCUCCAUCCUCAAGUAAAUCGUCAACAUGCGGAGAUCUGGUGGUCACCUUUGAAGUCCACAUCGGCGAAGUGACGACGAAGAUGCGCGACAAGUUAUCUUCCAUGCUUGCCAGUCCAGGAACAUCACGACAGGUGAAACCGUUCGGUAUAGAGUAA